AUGCAUCAGCUAAGCAAAAGUUGUGUAGCCAACGGGUUGCGUCAGAACUUUAUGGUCAGAAGGGCCUGCCAGCUUCGUCUAAUCUCAGAUGGCUCCCCCUGGCCAUCACCAUCACCACCUAAAUCACCAUCACCACCAUCACCGCCAUCAUCCUCAUCACCAUCAUCACCACCAUCACCACCAUCAUCUUCAUCACCACCAUCACCAUCCUCAUCACCGCCAUCACCACCGUCACCAUCACCAUCCUCAUCACCAUCAUCACUGCCAUCACCACCAUCAUCCUCAUCACCACCCUCACCAUCACCACCUAAAUCACCAUCACCACCAUCACCACCAUCACCACCAUCACCAUCCUCAUCACCACCAUCACCACCAUCACCGCCAUCACCACCAUCACCGCCAUCACCACCAUCACCACCAUCAUCCUCAUCACCAUCUUCACCACCAUCACCACCAUCAUCCUCAUUACCACCAUCACCAUCCUCAUCACCGCCAUCACCACCGUCACCACCAUCAUCUUCAUCACCACCGUCACCACCACCAUCCUCAUCACCAUCAUCACUGCCAUCACCACCAUCAUCCUCAUCACCACCCUCACCAUCACCACCUAAAUCACCAUCACCACCAUCACCAUCACCAUCCUCAUCACCACCAUCACCACCAUCAUCUUCAUCACCACCGUCACCAUCACCACCUAUAUCACCUUCACCACCAUCAUCCUCAUCACCAUCAUCACCACCAUCAUCCUCAUCACCAUCAUCACCACCAUCACCACCGUCAUCUUCAUCACCACCGUCACCAUCACCACCGUCACCAUCACCAUCCUCAUCACCAUCAUCACCACCAUCACCACCAUCAUCCUCAUCACCAUCUUCACCACCAUCACCGCCAUCACCGCCAUCACCACCAUCAUCCUCAUUACCACCAUCACCAUCCUCAUCACCGCCAUCACCACCAUCACCACCAUCAUCUUCAUCACCACCGUCACCAUCACCACCUAUAUCACCAUCACCACCACCACCACCAUCAUCCUCAUCACCAUCAUCACCACCAUCACCACCGUCAUCUUCAUCACCACCGUCACCAUCACCACCUAUAUCACCAUCACCACCAUCACCGCCAUCAUCCUCAUCACAACCAUCACCACCAUCUUCAUCACCAUCAUCACCACCAUCACCACCAUCACCAUCACCAUCCUCAUCACCGCCAUCACCACCAUCACCACCAUCAUCUUCAUCACCAUCAUCACCACCACCACCACCAUCACCGCCAUCACCACCAUCAUCCUCAUCACCAUCAUCACCACCAUCACCACCGUCAUCUUCAUCACCACCGUCACCAUCACCACCGUCACCAUCACCAUCCUCAUCACCAUCAUCACCGUCAUCACCACCAUCAUCCUCAUCAACAUCUUCACCACCAUCACCGCCAUCACCGCCAUCACUACCAUCAUCCUCAUUACCACCAUCACCAUCCUCAUCACCGCCAUCACCAUCACCACCAUCAUCUUCAUCACCACCGUCACCAUCACCACCUAAAUCACCAUCACCACCAUCACUGCCAUCAUCCUCAUCACCACCAUCACCACCAUCAUCUUCAUCACCAUCAUGGCCACCACCACCACCAUCAUCCUCAUCACCAUCAUCACCACCAUCACCACCGUCAUCUUCAUCACCAUCUUCACCACCAUCACCACCAUCACCACCAUCACCACCAUCAUCCUCAUCACCACCAUCACCACCAUCACCACCAUCAUCUUCAUCACCACCACCACCAUCCUCAUCACCGCCAUCACCACCAUCACCAUCACCAUCCUCAUCACCAUCAUCACUGCCAUCACCACCAUCAUCCUCAUCACCACCCUCACCAUCACCACCUAAAUCACCAUCACCACCAUCACCACCAUCACCACCAUCACCAUCCUCAUCACCACCAUCACCACCAUCAUCUUCAUCACCACCAUCACCAUCCUCAUCACUGCCAUCACCACCAUCACCGCCAUCACCACCAUCACCGCCAUCACCACCAUCACCACCAUCAUCCUCAUCACCAUCUUCACCACCAUCACCACCAUUAUCCUCAUCACCAUCU